AUGGCGCCCCUCACCUACUCCAAGACCUCCAAGGUCCCCAACCGUCCCUUCGAGGCCGCCCGUCUUGACUCCGAGCUUAAGCUCGUUGGCGAGUACGGUCUCCGCAACAAGCGUGAGGUCUGGCGUGUCCAGCUUACCCUCUCCAAGAUUCGUCGUGCUGCCCGUCAGCUUUUGACCCUCGACGAGAAGGACCCCAAGCGUCUCUUCGAAGGCAAUGCCCUCAUUCGCCGUCUCGUGCGUGUCGGUGUCCUCGACGAGUCCCGCAUGAAGCUCGAUUACGUCCUGGCCCUGAAGGUCGAGGAUUUCCUUGAGCGCCGCCUCCAGACUUGCGUCUACAAGCUUGGUCUAGCCAAGUCCAUCCACCACGCCCGUGUCCUCAUCCGCCAGCGUCACAUCCGCGUCGGCAAGCAGAUCGUCAACGUCCCCUCCUUCAUCGUCCGUCUCGACUCCCAGAAGCACAUCGACUUCGCUCUCACCUCGCCCUUCGGUGGUGGCCGCCCCGGCCGUGUCCGCAGAAAGAAGGCCGCUGCCGCUGAGUCCAAGGGUGACGGUGGUGACGACGAUGAGGAUGACGAGUAA